CCAACGCCCGGCGUGAGUUCAUUACUUAAAAACCUCUUUAGUUGGGACACCAGGACUGCAAGAUGGCAUCUCUCGUGUCACUGAAGGGGAAGAAGCUCAUGGAGGUUAAACUUGGAGAGCUGCCAAGCUGGAUAUUAAUGCAGAAUUCUACCCCCAGAGGCACUGUGGGAGCCUUUCAGAGAGGUUACGACCGGUAUUACAACAAGUGCAUCAACGUGUGGAAAGGCAGCAUCUUGGGGAUUAACAUGGUGCUGGCAGCCUACGUGGUUUUCAGCUACUGCCUUUCUUACCAGGAACUCAAUCAUGAGCAGCAAGGCAAGUUCUACUGGAGAAGGGUCUCUGUGGAUGGCACUGCACACCUGUGCACAACCGCCUGCCACACUCCCAUCCGUGAAGAAGUCAACAGGGGCCGAGUCUUCAAAUCCUGA